GAGUUUGAAGGCUCCGUUCUUUCACUUCCUUUUUCCAGAUUCCGGUCCGAGUUAUUUGUAUUGUAUCUGUAAUGAGUUAGUCGAGUGGUAUUAUUCCAGUGGUGGUGGAUUUCGCGCCGGAUUAAAUGAAAGACGACAGUGAUGUGCUGAGCUGGUGCUGAGGUGGUGCUGGGGCGGGGAUGAAGGAAUGCUGAAGGAGCACGCUGAGCCUCUGUCCCCGGGUCUCGCGCUCUGUGCCGGCUGUCACACCAGGAUCUAUAGUCAUGUGACAUGUUCUGUUACAGACGACAGUGAUGUGCUGAGCUGGUGCUGAGGUGGUGCUGGGGCGGGGAUGAAGGAAUGCUGAAGGAGCACGCUGAGCCUCUGUCCCCGGGUCUCGCGCUCUGUGCCGGCUGUCACACCAGGAUCCAAGACCGUUUCUACCUUCUGGCUGUCGACCGUCAGUGGCAUCUCGGGUGUCUGCAGUGUUGUGAGUGCAAGAUACCUCUUGACUCUGAACUUACUUGCUUCGCCCGCCACGGCAACAUAUACUGCAAGGACGAUUAUUACAGACUGUUCGCAGUGAAGCGGUGUGCCCGGUGCCAAGCAGGCAUCUCUGCCUCAGAGCUGGUGAUGCGUGCCAGAGACGCUGUAUUCCAUCUACACUGCUUCUCUUGUGCGUCGUGUGGCAUAUUGCUCACCAAGGGUGAUUACUUCGGUAUGCGUGACGGCCUGGUCUACUGCAGACCUCACUACGAACUCCUUCGCCACCGAGACUUCUGCGGCGCCGCUGAACUGGAGGCUCUCUCCCCGGCCCACUGGACAGCCGUCGCCGCCGUGCAGAAGGGACGUCCCAGGAAGAGGAAGCUAAUGUCGUCGCCGUCCCCCGGCCAAGACAGUGUCUCAGAUCUGCCGGUCAACAUGAGGAUUCCACCCGGAGCUCUAGAGAUGCUCCACGGUGGGGACCUGUCUUCCUCCAUGGAGUCCCUCGCGUACGACUCCUCGGUGACGUCACCGGGUGUCCAAGGGUCGCAGCAGAGGACCAAGAGGAUGAGGACGUCCUUCAAACACCAUCAGCUGAGGACGAUGAAGUCAUACUUCAACAUCAACCAGAACCCUGAUGCCAAAGAUCUCAAGCAGCUAGCGCAGAAGACCGGCCUAUCGAAAAGGGUUUUACAGGUUUGGUUCCAGAACGCGCGAGCGAAGUGGCGCCGCAAUAUGAUGAGACAGGAGAGCGGUGCUGGGGGGGUCGUUCCUCCCCCCGGUGGCGCACCCCCCUCAGGUCCCCCGUCUGUAGGACCCCCCUCAGUUAUCAUGGGGGACAGCAGCAGCAUGGACGACGUCCAUCACCUGCAUCACCAUCAUCACCACCAUCUGCAGACGUCACAGACCAUCACGUUCGGUGAACUCUACUAGCGCUGGGCUUGUAAAUUGUAUGUACUCCGAUAGGGAAUAAUGUGCUGGUAAAUUUAUUUGUUUUGCUGAAAUAUUUGGUUGAGGUAUUGGUAAGCACUGAUACCCAGAGGAAAAGCUGUAGUAUUAUUUCUGCAUCAUUGUUAUUUGGCCAGAUAAGAAUUUACUGCAAUUACACAAUAAUGAGUGGCUUGA